AUGAAUUUGCUAUCUUUAACUAUUGUUAAUCUAUCAAGUACAAGUUCAGCUGUUUUACCUGAUGUUAACAAUGACAUCAACGACACAUUUGGACAAGAUGAAAGCGAACAGCGAUUCACCCAAUCAACAACUGAAGAAAACAAAGGAGAUGAUGAUCAUGACGAAAAGGAGAAAUUCGAUAAGCAAGGAGUUAAGAAAAUGGAGUAUGCGAUAGUAAAUGAUAGUGUUGAUGAAAAUGAUCAUAAUAUUAUUAUGAAUAUUAAUAUGAAUACAAAUGAAGGUCACGAAAAACAACCUGACAAUGGUGGUGAAAUUUUUAACGAUUUCCUUCAUUGA